AGGGAGAGAAAACUCCGAAAUGACUAUCAGAAGGCAACUUAUGAUAUUGCUGACUUGGAAAGCCGAGAGGCUGAAAUGAAAGCCCAAGUCGCCGAGCUGGAGACGCAAAAGCAGAAUUUGGCCAAUCAAUUGACAGACAUGGCUGACCAGUUGGAAGCGGAGGAACAGACCCGCCAGAAGCUGCAGCUCGAGAAGGGCGCACUGGAGCAGCAAGUGAAGACGAUAUCCGAGGAGCAUGCCGUGGUUGAAGACAGACUAAGUAAAGUGGAGAAGGAGAAGAAGUCUGUUGAUGCUCGCCUUGCUGAAGUGCUGAACCAGCUGACCGAAGAGGAGGAACGCUCGAAGCAGCUGGGCAAGCUGAAGUCAAAGCACGAGUCCUCCAUCACUGAACUGGAGGAGCGCCUGUCUCGAGAGCAGGCCGCUAAACAGGAUCUGGAGCGGGCAAAACGUCGUCUCGAGGCUGAACUGUCUGAGCGCUCGGAUCAGGCGGGCGACAGCAAGCGCCUCCUAGAGGAGCUGAGGCAACAGUUGAGCCAGCUAGAAUCGGAACUGGCGCAAACGCAACAACGCCUAGACGAGGAGACGCAUGCCAAAACAGUUGCCCUCAAAAGUGUUCGUGAGACGGAGUCAACGGUCCAGGAGCUGAAGGAUGAUCUGGAGUCCGAGAAGGCAGCACGCGAUCGCGCCGAGAAUCAGAAGCGUGAUCUGAAGGAGGAACUGGAGGCUCUUCGGCUGGAACUUAUUGACACUGGCACAAACUCCGAAGCACAGGCGGAAGCCUUGCGAAAGCACGAGGCAGAGUUGUCUAAUGCGAGAAGACAGCUCGAAGUUGACGCAGCUGCACACGAAGCAGCAGUUUCGGAUCUGAGAAAGAAGCACACAGCUGCCGUGGACGCCCUAACAGAGCAGCUGGAGGCGAUGAAACGCGUAAAGGUGGCAGUGGAGAAUUCCAAGACCCAGAUGGAAUCCUCGAAUGCUGAUCUGACCAACCAGCUGAACGCAGCUGUCGCAGCCAAGGCCGAUACCGAGAAGCGCCGCCGAGCCCUGGAGCAGAAGUUGAACGCCAAGGUGAUGCAUCUGGAGGAGGUGGAGCAGCAGAAGGCGGAUCUGGAAGAGCGUUUGGCCAAGGCAUUGGCAGAGACAGAGGCCCUAACCGCCGCUCUCGAGGAGUCCGAGACCAAAGUCGGCAAGUUUGCUCGCUCCGAGGCGACCAACGUGACCACCCUGCAGGAGUUACGCCAGGCCCUGGAGGAUGAGACUCGUGCAAAGUUGGCUAUACAGACCAGGCUACGUCAGGCGGAGUCGGAACGUGAGGGUCUCAAGGACUCCCUGGAAGAAGAGGAACAGGGCAAAAGUGCGCUGGAGAAGCAUGUCCAGCUGCUGCAACAACAGGCAAGCUCAUUCCUCCAAGUUUUCCUCGCUUUGUUAAUUAUUAGCUCUCUUGUUGGUUUUGUGUAUGCGAAGCAGCUGGAGGCCCUGGAAGACACACGGAAGCGUCUUCAGCGAGACCGCGACGAAAUGUCAAAUCGUAAUGAGGAACUGCAAGCGCAGGUUGACAAGCUGGAGAAGUCGAGGAAGAAACUGCAGGGCGAGUUGGAAGAUGCCAACCACGCACUGGCUGCCCAGCGCUCGGACCAGGUGACAAACGAGCGAAAGUUGAAGAAGCUGGAGGCGAGUCUGGCCGAUGCACAGGCAAAUGCCGCCCGGCUGCAGACUGACAAGGAUCAGAACGAUCGUGAUAUGCGCCAGCGGGAGACAGUCCUGCUGACC